AUGUUGCUGUCAGUAUUACCGCUCUUACUGUCUGUAGCAAACGCGUUUGCGCCGCCGGGCUCGUCGUCGCCAUCCCGUUACAUUGGUGACGAGGGUCUGCAGUACUUGCACAAGAAUUUCCCCACCGAAAAGUACCUCGCCAUCGACGAUCCUAAUGGUCUGCUGCAGCCCAUUCUGAUUCCCCGAGUUCCGGACACAGAUGGCAUUCGAGAGGUCCAAAAGUUCAUCACGGACUUUGUAUCGACACAGACUUACUCGGAGGGAGAGGUGCCCGGCUGGGACGUGCAGCUCGACGUGUUCCAGGAGGAUACGCCCAUCAAGGAAAAUGUGACAUUCACCAACAUUCUGGUCAAGCGAGACCCUCCGAAUGCCAAGAAGGGCCACACUGGCUACAUCACCAUUGCCGCCCACUACGACACGCUCAUCAAGCCCGAGGGCUUUGUUGGAGCAAUCGACUCGGCCGUGCCUUGUGCUCUCAUGCUGUACACUAUCAAGGCGAUCGACGAGGCUAUUACCCGAAAGUGGAAGGAAAUGAAGGCCGAGCCCGACCGGUUCUCCGAGCACGAAAAGACCACUGGUAUACAGUUUCUGUUCUUCGACGGAGAGGAGGCAUUCCACAGCUGGUCAGACACAGACUCCACCUAUGGAUCUCGACAUCUUGCCCAGCUGAUGGACCAGACUUACAACGAGGUGAACUCGGCCCGGCAGACCUGGCUGGCUGAGAUGGAGUACCUGGUGCUUCUGGAUCUGAUCGGACACAAGGAUACAUACAUCCCUUCAUUCUUCAGAAACACUCACUGGCAGUACGAGGUGUUUGCUUCUCUGGAGCAGCGAAUCCGGGAUAUCGGUCUAAGUGCACGUAUGGAUGAGAAGGAGACCAUCUUCACCGAGGGAAAGCCCGCAUUCUUUCGAGGAGCUGUUAUUGGUGAUGACCACCUCCCCUUUCUGCACCGAGGAGUGCCUGUUCUGCAUUUGAUCCCCAGCCAUUUCCCCCCUGUCUGGCACAAGAUUGACGACAACGCCAAGAAUCUUCACUUUCCUGACAUUUCCGAGUGGGGUCUAUUGACGAGUAGUUUCGUCGCCAACCAGCUGCGAGUUGGAGACUGGAUCGUGGACUAUCCUGACGCCAACGAGAUGCGAGAGCAGCGAGAGAAGGAGGAGAAGGCGCAGCGAGAACAGGCGCAAAAGAAGAAGAUUCCCAACGGCAAGAAGGUCCCUCGAGCUGCUCGCCGACGAGGUGCUAUGCUUUAG